CACGCGCCCCGCGCACCGCUCCGCGCACUGCUCAUCUAUACACUCGCAUGCAGAACGCGCGCAUCGCUGUGCUACUGUCUUGCAAAAGGCAAUAGGUGCGUAUCCUAAAAGGUGCUGUUUUGUUUGUUUUUACUGUUCUCAGCAAACGCCUUAUUCUGACAUCUUCUAGAGAGUUUGGCAGCACCUGCUCCUGUUUCUGGGGUCAACAAUUGCAAAGGACACUUCUGAGAAAUAGUGACAAGACAGAGUGAGGAUGUGUGGGGUGGACUUGGAUCUGGACGAGGGGGGCUCAGGCGACGAGGAGAAGGAGCAGGAGGAGUUCUGGGUGGGUGAGAGGGUGAAGAUGCUGCCUCCUCCCACGGCCCACAUUGAGGGCAGCGCAUGGGGUAGCCGUCGGGGCAGUUGUGGCUGUGUGGCGUGCGGUGCGGGGCUGCUGCUGUGGAAUGUGGGUUUGACCUUGGUGUGUGUCCUGGUCCUGGUGGCCGUGUUUGCCCUGGUCCUGCUGCCCGCCUCACUGCUGCUCUACGCCGGCUUCCUCUGCCACUCACGGGUCCUAGAUUCCCCCUCUCCUAUCUGCCGUUACCUCGACGACAACAGUUGCUCCGCCCUCAUCAUCCUGGGCUUUGUGAUGAUGUCACCGCUGGUGGUGGUGGCGGCGGCCAUCUUCUGUGGGCUGCUCCGGAGGCUGCGACUCCUGCUGCUGUUUCAGCCAAUAACAGGUGCAUGGUACCAUGGACGGGGCUUGGACUGGGGGGGUGAUGUCCGUGCCUGGGUCUGAUUGGACCAAUGCUCGAAUAAACCAGUGUUCGAAGAGUUCAAUAGGUUAACAGUCAAGAGAUAAUCAAGUCCUGGAGAAUCGCAGUGUCAAAUCUAUUUAGUGUCCUAUUAAACUGUAAUGAAUGUCAUACAAUCGAAUGGAUACAAUGUGAACCUGUCCAAUUGUUUAAAGACAGAGCUUUACAUGUGGCUACAGGGCUGUUGUUGGUCAGAAGGAAACAGUGGAGGUAAGGGUAGAAUAUGCUAGCAGCUCUUCUCUGUGGAUUUGUAUUGGUUAUGUAUAUUGAUCUAUUUUCAAUUAUCUGCUAACUUAUAUGGUUGUGAAUCUUGAUGUCGCAGAAAAAUGUAUCACUCAAAUGUCUAGAAUGGAAGGAAAAUAUGUUUACAAGCUUACUUAUUUAGCAGAUUUUGUUCAUUCUAUUGAUUUCAUUAUAUUCACCAUCUUGUAAAAGUGCCAUGUAAGCUACCUCAAUGUAAGUAUAGUUCAUAAAAGUAGCCUAGGUUGCUCUACAUCAGUCAUGUGUGAAUGGGAUGAGACAGAAUUAUAGCCUUUUCUUUUUCUGUUGUGUUUGUUUUUUUGUUUAGUAUAUUGGCAUAUUUUCUUGCUAAAAAUCAUUCUGAUGUGUUUUAACAGAGCCGUCAUUACUAAUUUUGUACUUAUCAGAUGCUACCAACGUUACAUUUCUAUGUACCUAGUAAUUGACUUAUAUGUAAACACAUUACUGGUCAUUCCCCUUAAUUGUGGCCACCGUAAAAGGAAUUGGAGCUGAAAUGCCAAGUCUUUGAUCCGUCUAUCUGUAGGUAUUUUUCUAAUGGCUGAUAACGUCUCCAAGGAUUUAAAUAACACAUAGUAGAGGCUAAUGGUGAGGACACUUAGUUCAAAUAGAUAUACAGUUUUAAAUCCAUGGACAUUUCACUGUCAUUAUCUCACAUAGAUCUUUAUAUGAUGUGUGGUAUGAUUCAUAUCAGAUAAUGCCUAGACAUUCCUCAAUCUGCUCCUGAGAGACAGUGUGGUUCUAUGUGAUAUUACUUAAUAGAGUGCCUCUCUUCCUACCAACAUGGUCUACUACUUUGAAAGCAUUACUCAAUAGUAUGAUAAUCACUGUUUAUCAUAAUUCUUUUCAAUUUAACCUUUAACUAGGCAAGUCAAUUAAGAACAAAUUCUUAUUUACAAGGACGGCCUGCACCGGCCAAACCCGGACGACACUGGGCCAAUUGUGUGCCGUGCCGCCUUAUGGGACUCCCAAUCACGGCCGGUUGUGAUACAGCCUGAUCAUUUGAGAUCUAAAGACGUUACUCAUGGAAAGAUGGCAUCCAGUAGUCAUGUUGUUGUCUGAGGCAGACACACAUUUACACAGUGUAUAGAGCAUAAGCACCCAACCAAAAAUCCCCAUCUCAUAAUUUAGCUAUACAUUUGAAUCAACUUAAAUUAUUACUUGAAGUGAAUUGUACUCAAUAGAUCCUACUUCUUGAACUAUGAGCUACAUCAGAACAGUUGAUGGUUGUAGCCAAUCCACAUUCUGUAAAUGUAUGUUAUUGAAGA